GCCUGCGGAGGCGGAGCUCCGGCUGCGGGCCGCGCCUCCCGCUGUGGCGGCGCAGCCGCAGCGCGACGGGCACGACCGCACCACGGCGCCUCCAUGCGGCCACUGUGGACGUCAGGCGCACCCUCUCCGAGAUCAGGGCUGGCGUGCUCAGCCUCCCUGCGAUGCCAUGGCAACUGCCGCGGCCGACGCGGCGGUGGCCUCCCCCAAAGGUUCACUGAGCGAGUUCACAGAGGCAGGGUUCUACACGCUUGGUGGCGCCGAGAAUGAGAGCCACGUCGGCAGCUCGGCCCCCCCCCCAGGGCCUGGCUCACCGGGGGUUGCCGAGUCGGAGAAGAAAGUCGGUGUGACCAUGAUCCCCGAGGUCCCCCUUCCCCCGUGCUGGCCAACGCAUGCAGAGGCAUCGUGGCGACGGGCACCGACGACAGGCUGGGGGACCCCUGUGACGCUGCACACGCUGAAGUACUAGCACGACAGGCGAAGCCGAGGACACCGAGGAGAGCGUGCCCCCAAGGCGAGCGUAGACAACGACGGGAUGGGGGCACUGAAUACCCCGCCCGCGCGCGCGCGCUGAACAACAGCGGCAACGCGGGCGAAGCGGUGCCGCCCUGGAGGUGGCAGCUGCUCGUGGGGUCGUUUGUCGAAACAAAAAAAACCCCUUGAUCGAAGGAGGACAAGCUGCAU